AUGUCUUCCGACCGGCAAACCGAAGUGAUACGUGCCCAGCUUGUGAGUAAGGCUGUGUUGAGUCCAGAUGAAAUGGAAUUGUUUACCCUCACACAGUUAGCUGGCAUCACAGUGGAUCAAGAAGUUUUUAAGAUUAUCCUGGACCUGUUAAAGCUGAAUGUACCCCCCGCAAAGAUCAUGCAGACUUUGAAGUCGAUGUGCUCCACUCGUAAACCUAGCACAUCAAACACUGAAGCAAGUACACAGGAUAGCUCAUCUCUGUUGUUUGUGUCUGGUGUCUCCAAAACAAGUCACAGACAUGGAGAUAGCAGCCACAGUCGUGUGGAUCUGACCUUGCAGUCAGAUCAGUCUGGCAGAUCUGAAAGCCAGGAAAGGAGCAGUAGUUUAGUCCAAACUUCAAGCAGAUAUGGCCAGGAUGGCAGUGGUUAUUCUGUAUCGUCGCUGAGCAGAUUGGAUAGAGAUGGCAGCAAUACUAGCAGUCAGACUCGCUUCACGUCUGACUCUUCUUUUGGAAGAAAUGAGUUGAGAUCACAAGACCACAUCAGAGAAAAUCAGAGAUCAGCAAUGCGAGCUGACAGUUACAUAACAGCACGACAGACUAACAACUCCAGUGAUUAUGACAGCUACCACAAGGAAAAGGCCAAGAAAAGGACAUCUUAA